GUCCACAAAGCGGCCUUUGAGGUGCAGAAAACGGACAGAAAAAUCGAGCUCAUCAACUUCGGAGCCAGGUAGCCUCACACAUGUGAGAUCAUUCGCCAUGAAUGCCUACGCACUUUUGACUCUCCUCAUCCUGGGACAUUUGUGCCAAAUUCAAGCGGCCACGCUGAGUGGGCCAGCAAUGACGAAGGAUGAUGCGAAGAAGCUGCUCACCGAGGAACUUUCUCGUUCCAUCGUGGACCACCGUGCCGAACUCAUCGAGGCUCUGAAGCGAAUCAAAGGCAAAUUCGAUGAAACCAGCGAGCAGAUCCAUCCUGUCGUUGCGACCGUAGUAGUUCCCGUAGUGAAGGUCCUCGUAAACGGUGCCGCAUCUGGAGCUGUUGGAGCUCUUGUCGGAAAGUUACUUGAAUCAGACCGAGAUAAGUCUCCCGCCCCAUCCUUGUGAAUGCAGUAAAAUUGCACGUCAUUUAUAA